UCUUAUAACGCUAUUAUCAUUUUGCGCAGAAAACAUUGCAGUUAGCUAAAAAUUGGUAAAAUGACGACUCAAUGCAGAACAUGUGCCGUAAUGAUUUUAAAUCCCAAUGCCAAAAAUAUUUUCGACCAAGACGACAAUGAGAUACUCAAUAACAUUGAAACUCUUACUGGAAUACGGUUAAAUGAUGACCAGCAUAUGCCAAAGUACAUUUGUACCUGUUGUCAUUUGGACCUGUACCAUUCACUAGCUUUUCGAGAGCGUUGCUUGAAAACAGAAUAUUUUUUACAAGCUGCAAGACCAAAGCCAAAGACGGGAGACCCGCUAAAUACAUCACAGACAGGAAUAGAAUCAAGACAUGAAAGCAUCAAUGAAUCAAAUAAAUUGCAGUUUGCGGCAACAACAGUCCAAUUAGAUAAUCUCAUUUUAAAUACGCCAGAUACAGAUAUCUUGAGUCAAGAAUGCCCACAAAGGCGAAUUUUGCGCGUUCGUACACAAAAAACUAAUACAAGAAGAGCGAAAUUUAUAAAUAUAAAGAAAACAAAUUCCCAUGAUCACAAUUCACGUAAAACAAUGCCAGCCAUACCACAACCUAAUCCAAAGGAUCAGGAUGCCAAUGAAGUGCAAAGUUCAAAGAAUUCGCAACUUAGCAGUCCAAGCAAAUGUGAAAAGAGCUCUUGUACUUCAAAGAACAAGAUCAAUGAAGUUAGUGACUUUGAAGAAACUAAAAUGUUUCAGGAAGCAGCGCUUGACAAAGUGCCGUUUACACCUAGUUCGCCUGUUAUAUCUUCUGAAUUUGAACCUCAAUCAGCACAGGAUAAGGACAGUAUGGUAGCCAAAAGACAGUCUAGGAAAAAUAAAGUCAAUAAUGCAAAGCCACCUGCGAAUCCGAAAGUCUUCAUCUGUGACCUCUGCGGCCAUCAAUCUUCGAGUCCUAAAAACUUGGAUCUUCACAUAUUGCGUCAUAAGGGCGAAAAAAAUUUUGAAUGUGCCGAAUGUGGCAUUAAGCACUACUCGAAAUACCUAUUAAAAUUACAUAUUCGCGUAAAACACCAAGGCGAGAUGCCCUAUUUGUGCAAAUUUUGUGAUCAGCGCUUCUAUUCCGCAAGCACACGUCAACGACAUGAACAAGUGCGACACAUAAGAAGCUGGUCAUAUGAAUGCAAGAUUUGCGGGAAAAAAUAUAAUACUAAAUCAUGCUUAAAUAAACACGAAUUUCUACAUACUGGCUUGCGACCAUAUCGUUGCGACUUGUGUAAUGUGGCGUUUCCCCGAAAACCAGGCUUAAGAAUACAUUGCCGUACAAAACAGCAUCAGAAGAAGGCUAGUGAAGCAAUGAAUAGUCAAACUGAUGGCAUUAAAGAAAUAACAAUUUCAGAUAAUACAAUAGUGUUUCCAGACUCAAUAAUAGUUCAACUUGAUGUAUAAAAAGUUGGUUAUCGGGUAGAG